AUGGUUUUUGUCGCAUUUCUGAUCAUGAUUCUCUCCGACAGCAUCCCAGACAUUGGUGCGUUCUGGCUCAUUUACCUGACAAAUUGGGCAUUGAUCGUGGAAACGAUUGCUAUGGUGAUGCUUUGCAUCUCCACCGCGUGGGGGUACGCCAAGUUGCCCGAUGGUUCCAGCGAUGCUAGGAUUGUGGUGAUUUUGCUUCUUGGCGUGAACGAGGCUCAGCCUCUCAAUGCUUUGGAAUUUAGCCCGCAAGAAGCAUGUUUGUUCUGGGAUUUUCUCGCAUUUCCAGGCUUUUUUGCGGCCCGCAUUCCAUGGUCCUUCAAGAACUUCAUUUGGGGUUUGGUCUUCCUUCUUACCUACCUCGGCUGGACUUUGAUUCACUUCUUCGCGCAAAUUGGUACCCCUAGUGGUUGCGAACUCUAUAUCGAUCCGGAGUGCCCCAUCUAUGACGCGUUUGAUUGGAAUAUGCCGAUGAUGACCACAAUCAUUACCAUUUUUGCCUUGGUGGGAUAUGCCGUGCUCGCAGGACUCUACACGGCCUUCGUCCGUUGCCGCCAAUGCUGCUUCCCCACGCCCGUGGGAGAAGUGGAAACCAAAGAUGGACCUCAGAACGUUGAGACGAUUGAGAACGCUGCCUAG